AAGGCGGCGGGUGGGUGAGCCCUAUAUAAACAUUGGUGUAUACUACCUUUAUCCUCUCUUUUUUCCAUCUUUAGGCCAUGUCUACCCUUGUCGAGCUUGAGAUUGAGGGGCAAGAACUCUUGAACAACAUUCAGGACCUGUCUAUUGGAGAACAGACUGAAAUGAAGAGCAAUUCUGAGGAAAGGUACCAAGUUGAUUGUGAGAACAAUUAUCAUGGUGUCUGUGCCAUAUGUUUGAAUAAGAUAGUGCUCCAAGAAACUGCUCUUGUAAAAGGUUGCGAGCAUGCUUACUGUGUGACAUGCAUCCUUCGGUGGGCAACCUACAAAAAGGAACCAACAUGCCCUCAGUGUAAACAUCCAUUUGAAUUUCUCCACAUCCAUCGCUCCCUUGAUGGAAGUAUCCAGGACUACAUGUUUGAGGAGAGUGUCUGCCUUCUACUGAGAGCAUCAUGGUUCAAACCCUUUGUGGAGGAAAAACAAGAAGUCGAUGAUUACAUGGAUUUCCUCUAUGCAUAUUAUGAGGAUGAUGAAGAGCUAGAAGACGACCAUUUUACUAGUUCACCAAGUCUCCGCAUAGGCAACAGGAGAUGGGGCGAUAAUGGUUAUGUCAGGGCAGGAAGGCAAGAAGCAAGUCCUGCUCAUCCACCAAACUCCCAUGACUCAGGUGCUGGAUCAUCACGCCAGACUACGAAGAAUGAGACUGCUGUUCCUAAAGGAACUGUUGGUCGGCGUGCAAAGAGGGCACUCAAGCGUGAAGCUGCUGAUAAGGCAGCUGCUGAAAAGCACCAGUCGCAUUUAGUGAGGCUGGGUCGGAUAUGAGUUUGCUCCAUCUCUAACCUUGAAGAUCAUGACAUAGUGAAUCACCACUGUACAAUAUCUCUAGUUCCUUCCAUUUGUAGAGUAGUGCCCACCGUUUAGAUGAUGAGUUUACUAGAUGGCAUGAACCAUUUUAUGC